ACGGAAGAAACGGCAACAGCAGCAGCAGCAGCAACAGCUCAGGCGACCUGCACCUUGAUGAGCAAGUUUCGUAAUCUCCAAUUACUGCAAGUCUAAGGCAGGCACGGCAUCGUUAUUAUUAUUAUUAAUUAUUAUUAGAUACGCGAGGAGUCAAAAUGGUCAACUUCAGCAACCUGCUCCAAUUCCUCUCCCUGCAGUCGCCACUCGGCUCCGACAGCACCAACAGCACGCUCAACCUCGCCAAAAUGGGCAUCACAGCGUAUACCCUCCCGGCCUUGCCGUACGCCUACGACGCGCUGGAGCCGCACAUCUCGGCCCAGAUCAUGGAGCUGCACCACAGCAAGCACCACCAGGCCUACGUGACCAACCUCAACAAGGCCCUCGAGGCGCACGUCACGGCCGUCGCGCAGGGCGACGUGGCCGCCCAGAUUGCGCUGCAGCAGGCAAUCAAGUUCAACGGCGGCGGGCACAUCAACCACUCGCUCUUCUGGAAGAACCUGGCGCCCGCGGGCAGCGACGAGGCGAGCCUGGACCGGGCGAGCACCCUGGUCAAGGAGAUCGAGAAGACGUGGGGCAGCUUCGACCAGUUCAAGGCCGCCUUCUCGGCCGCCCUGCUCGGCAUCCAGGGCAGCGGCUGGGGAUGGCUGGUCCGCGAGGCGGGCAACGGCGCCGGCCUGCGCAUCGUCACCACCAAGGACCAGGACCCGGUCGUCGGCGGGGACGUGCCUAUCUUCGGCGUCGACAUGUGGGAGCACGCGUACUACCUCCAGUACUUGAACGGCAAGGCGGCAUACGUUGAGAACAUCUGGAACGUGAUCAACUGGAAGACGGCUGAGGACCGGUUUGCGGGACGGUCCGAGGAGAAGACCGAACUUUGAGGGCGACGAUAGACUAUCUCGCACAUUUUAUUUUUUUAAAAAAAAUUUUGGAUACUAAUGAGCUGUAUGCCAUGCUCUUUCCUGUUAUCAGCGUCCUUUUCGACGAGGGAAGAAUCUCACGGAGGAGACUGACACAAUGUUUGACCCGUCAACAUCCGGGGAGCUUUGGGGAAAGAUAGUUCAUUUCAUUGCCUGAGAAACUUCGCAUCCGCAGACGGGCGUUAGAUGCAUAUUAAGUAGUUGCAGGCACGCACAUCCGGUUAGG